AUGCGAGACGUUCCAGCGGCUACUACUAUACCUUUGGCAGGGACCGCAGACGCAAGCCGAAGCAUAGACCAGCCUGAUGCUGACGUCCUCGUGUAUGUUGCUGUGUACGAACGGUUUAGUGUGCGCAAUAAGAGACUGAUGACUGCGACGUUUGCCUACUGCGGCUUGCUUGCUAAUCUUUCUACUACCAGCAUCCUGGCUGCAGUCCCUGAAGUUGUGGACACAUUCGAAUCUACUCCUAAUGUAAUCAACAUCAGCAAUUCAAUCUAUCUCCUGUUCAUGGGAAUAUCGUCGUUACUAUGGGGUCCAUGGGCUGACGCACUUGGUAGGCGGCCGGUCUACCUUGUAAGCACGUCUAUGUUCACCCUCGCUUCUCUCGGAACUGCACUCUCGCCUUCGCUACCGAUGUUCUUUGUAUUCCGAGCUGUAACUGCAUGGCAAGGGACAGCCUUCCUGAUACUUGGGUCCAGUUGUAUAUCCGACAUAUACCAUCCGACUGAGCGAGGCACUUCUCUUGGGUGGUUUCUGAGCGGAACCAUGGUCGGUCCUGCGCUGGGACCGGUUAUCGGCGGCAUUAUCGUGACGUAUGCUUCCUGGAGGGCCAUAUUCUGGAUGCAGACGGCUCUUGGAGCAUUGGCGACGAUUCAGGUCAUACUUGUACUUGAGGAGACUCUUCAAUCAGCCAACUCGCUUGUCUCCAAAGACCUGGGUCUUAUCAAAUCUAUACGAUUUGUUGGCAAAGCGUCUAAUCCGGUUCGAGUUUUGAAGCUCUUCACCAAACAGAAUCUCGUCUCAGUGGCGUUCGCCUCGUCCUCAAUGGGAUGGAAUAUGUAUGUGCUACUGACACCCCUCCGCCUGAUACUGAACCCGCGACUACACCUGACGACUCCCUUGCAAUCUGGUCUUCUUUACAUCGCUCCUGGCGCGGGCUAUCUCAUCGGCACCCUGGCUGGAGGCAGAUGGGCCGACUAUUUCGUCAAACGAUGGAUCGAGAAGCGCGGUUCUCGGCUACCAGAGGAUCGACUCCGGGGCAGUCUGCCGCUUCUCGGGGUUGUCCUGCCGGGCCUGAUGGUUCUGUACGGAUGGACCCUCGACAGGCGCGUUGGAGGCAUACCGUUGCCGGUCAUCACCAUGUUCUUCCAAGGCGUCGCGCAAACGAUGACUUUUCCGAGCUUGAACACGUAUAUUCUCGAUGCGUUCCAAGACAAGUGCGCUGAAGCAUCGGCUACCCACUAUCUCAUGCGUUAUUCGAUCUCGAGUCUUGCUACGGCUGUUUGUCUCCCGCUGAUCCAGGUCAUUGGCAUUGGGUGGACGUCUACCCUUUCGGCAGCAAUCUUUCUCGUUAGCACUGUGCUUGUUCAGUUCACAAUACAAGUAGGGCAAACAUAG